AUGUCGUUGCCUUUUGGUACGCCCCCUUCAGGGGUCUCCCUCACGCCUUUCAAGGUCUCCAUCCCAAAGGCUAAGAUCUCCGAGCUUCGAACCCUCCUCGAGCUUGCCAGAUUCGCUCCGCACACCUACGAGAAUUCCCAAACAGAUCGGCGCUAUGGAGUCGGUACUGAUUGGCUGGUAACUAUGCGGGAUCUAUGGCUGCGAUCUUAUAAAUGGAAUGCCUCGGAGGAUAGAAUCAACAGCUUCCCUCAGUUUGAGGCCGAAGUCGAAGGGAUCACGAUUCAUUUUGUGAGCCUCUUCUCGCAGAAGAAAGAUGCAGUCCCCCUGCUUUUGUUGCAUGGCUGGCCUGGGAGCUUUUUGGAAUUUUUGCCAAUACUGCAAAAGUUCCGAGAGGAGUAUACCCCGGAGACUUUGCCUUAUCACUUGAUUGUGCCAUCUCUGCCGGGUUACGCUUUUUCGUCUGGGCCUCCAUUGGACAGGGACUUUGGGACUGGCGAUAUCGCUCGUGUUCUUGAUCAAUUGAUGAAGGAUCUUGGAUUCGGGGAUGGAUAUGUUGCCCAGGGAGGCGACAUUGGAAGCCGGAUAGCCAGGCACUUGGCUGUGGAUCACGAAAGCUGCAAAGCGGCACAUCUCAACGUGGUUUUCAUGAGAAAGCCAGAAGGCGUGACAGACGAACACCUAAAUGCCUUCGAGAUCCAAGGCAUUGAACGGAUGCAGAAUUUCAUGGCGACGGGAUCUGGAUACGCGAUUGAACAUGGCACACGGCCUAGUACCAUCGGUCACGUUGUGUCAUCCAGCCCGAUUGCACUCCUAGCUUGGGUUGGUGAGAAAUUCUGUGAAUGGGUUGAUGACCCCCUGUCUCCGGAUGAUAUCUUAGAAUCUAUCACUCUCUACUGGCUCACAGAUACAUUCCCUCGGGCCAUCUAUACAUAUCGACAGGUGAACUACCCACCACCGCCAAUACCGGCUGCCAAUGACCCUCGCUGGUAUAUCAAAAAGCCAUUGGGAUUUUCUUCUUUCCCCAUGGAACUUGCUAGACUGCCGCGCUCCUGGGUUGAGACGACCGGCAAUCUCGUAUUCUGGCAGCAGCACCAGAAGGGCGGUCAUUUUGCUGCUUUGGAGCGACCUGACGAGUUAAAGUCAGAUCUUGUUAGAUUUGUGGACCAGAUUUGGCCUGAUGUCAAAUCUACCUCUUAA